AUGGUAAGAACAGUACCCAAUACGAUCUCAAGAAGAACUAUCACCCAACAACAACAACCCCAAUACUCACCCUCUCCUGCCUGCACGGAUCCACUUCUCAACAGGAACAACCUCAACCGAUUCUUCGACCGCUCCCUCAACACCUACCCUCACCCGAGCCCAUCCAAUCCAACACCAUCUAUUGAGGAUCCCAUCACAACUCAAAACAGCUCCAUAAAACCAAUCGCCAAAUCGCAUUUCCUUGGGGUCUUGAUUCCCAAGCAUAAUCCUCCAUCAAUCAAAGAACCAUCGACAGGACUUCGAAGAAGACAGAAAACAUUAAUAUCUUCAGUCCAUCGAUUUUCUAAAAAUCAUCAUCAGCACAACCAGCCCAUGAAGAAGAAGAAGAAGACCCCCAAAUACAACAACCGCCAGAGAAGAAAAACUAGACCAGAUAUUGGAGACGAAGAAGGGCCAGAACAAGACCUCGAAGUCGAACGAUAUUGGUUGGCGUUGAUCAAAGAAAUCAAGACACGGCGUAGCUUCGAGGAUGAAGAUCGUCUGGAGACGGACCCUCGAACUGCAGUUUUCUUGAAGGUGGAAUGGUUCUAUAGACUCGAUGAUUUCGAGAACUCGAUGAAAAAUAAUCCCGUCUUCCGAAAGAUCGUAGGCAAGUUGAAAAAGAUCGGGUUCAGAUCCAACCAAAACAAACUCCGAUCAAACGAUUUCCGAUUCCAAGACAAAGAAUUGAUCAGAACGGAUCAUUCGACUAUCAUCCACAUCAACAGUCUGGCUGGCAAAGCAGAUAUUUAUAAGUUUGAUGACCAAGUGUCACCUCAGAAUAACCAGUGUCCAAUCUUCGAACGUUGUUGUUGGCAAACGCUGGAGAAAAAGGCCAUCAAUCACUCGAGGAUUGAUGAUAAUCAUAUGCUGCAAUCCAUCGGCGUCGAUCGGUUUUAUUAUCGGCUACAUUUGCGCUUGAACCAUCCGCCUAGACGUACCCUUUCGCGUAAAAACUCUGGACAACAGUCAAACGGGCUAUUUGAAUUCAUAAAUCUAACACCAAAUGAUCAGUUUGGAUGCAAGUGUACGAAAGUGUAUGACCCGAGAUCGGAGAUGAUGAUCUACGAUUUCGAGGGAUCCGAAUGGGUCCAUCUGAGCUGUUUGAUCACCCAUCUAACGGACCACCAACAUGAAGACAGCACCACCACAAGAGAUCUAGUACAUCAUGCAAUCAAUGAUCUACAGGUCCGACUCGAGUCGAUGAAAAUGAAAACACACGCACAGUGCGAUAUGCUUCAAAUCAAAGCGGCCUUGCUUCAGAUCUUGAUUCCUUCUUCUGCUACUACCGUUGGUACUCACUUAUCCUUUGGCUCUCGUUUCUUCAACAAUCGGUCUUUGUGUUUGCUUAGAGGGUUUCUUUAUUCGCUCGCCGGCCAAUUCUGUUGAUUUCUUUUUUUUCUUUUUUUUCCUUCUCUUCGUUGGGAAUCACAUCAUCGGCAUUAUCAAUCUUUGUUUACAUUUCACUAUUUUGGUUUGUAUCUUUGAUGGAUAAGUGCUUAGCAAAAGAAGAAGACAAAUGGAGAGUCCAAGCUUGGAUUAAGAAGUCCUAGAUGUAUCCAAUUGCAACCAAAGAAUUCUUCUGU